UCCUCCGUCCCUCUUUCUCUUUCUCUAUCAGUGCAGUCCGUCUCUGCCUCUUUCAGUAUCUUUCUGAAGACGCGGCUCGCGCCUCCAACCUUAACGUCCUGCUGUCAUUGAGGCGAACAGUGUUCUCGGGGUGCCAUGUUGAGGCUGAUCUUCUUGGCCGCCCUCGCCGGGUUCAGCCGGGCCAGCGAUGUGCUGGAGUUCACGGAUGACGAUUUCGAAAGCAGGAUUGGAGACCAUGAGCUCAUCCUGGUGGAGUUCUUUGCGCCCUGGUGUGGUCAUUGUAAACGGCUCGCACCCGAGUACGAAGCAGCAGCCACACGUCUAAAAGGCACCGUCGCGCUUGCCAAGGUUGACUGCACAGCUAACAGCAACACGUGUAGCAAAUACGGCGUCAGCGGAUACCCAACCCUGAAGAUCUUCAGAGAUGGAGAAGAAUCUGGUCCCUAUGAUGGCCCCAGAACUGCAGACGGGAUCGUCAGUUUCCUGAAGAAGCAGGCAGGCCCAGCUUCAGUGGAGCUCAAAACUGAGGGAGACUUUGAGAAGUUUAUCGCAGAUCAGGAUGCCAGCGUUAUCGGUUUCUUUGCUGAUGAUAAGAGCACAGAGCAGGCAGAGUUCCUGAAGGCUGCCAGCGCCCUGAGGGAUGACUACCGCUUCGCUCACACCAACGCUGAGGCUCUCCUCAACAGCCACGGUGGAGAGGGAGUCGUACUGUUCCGUCCGCCACGUCUCAACAACAAGUUUGAAGACAGUUCGGUGAAAUUCAGCGAGGACAAGUUCACCAGCAACAAGGUCAAAAGAUUCAUCCAGGACAACAUCUUUGGGAUCUGCCCCCACCUGACAGAGGACAACAAAGACCAGCUGAAAGGAAAAGACCUGCUGGUGGCUUAUUAUGACGUCGACUACGACAAAAACCCCAAAGGUUCCAACUACUGGAGAAACAGGGUGAUGAAGGUGGCUAAAGGCUUCCUGGAUCAGGGGAAGAAGAUGACCUUUGCUGUAGCCAACAAGAACCAGUUCAGCCACGACCUGUCUGACUUUGGUCUGGACGGCGGCUCAGGAGAGCUUCCUGUUGUGGCGAUCCGCACCGCCAAGGGAGACAAAUACGUGAUGACGGAGGAGUUCUCCCGAGAUGGAAAAGCUCUGGAGCGUUUCCUGCAGGACUACUUUGAUGGCAAGUUGAAGCGCUACCUUAAAUCAGAAGCAGUCCCAGAAGACAAUGAUGGACCCGUUAAGGUUGUGGUCGCUGAGAACUUUGACGCCAUCGUCAACGAUGACAGCAAAGAUGUGCUCAUUGAGUUUUAUGCGCCGUGGUGCGGACACUGCAAGAACCUGGAGCCCAAAUACAAGGAGCUGGGAGAGAAGCUGGCCGAGGAUCCAAACAUUGUUAUUGCCAAAAUGGACGCCACAGCGAAUGACGUUCCAUCGCCAUAUGAAGUCAGCGGAUUCCCGACAAUCUACUUCUCCCCUGCUGGACGUAAAAUGAACCCAAAGAGAUACGAGGGAGGUCGUGAGGUGAGCGACUUUAUUUCCUACCUGAAGAAGGAGGCCACCAACCCUCUAGUUGUCCCAGAGGAUGCCAAGAAGAAGAAGAAGAAGAAGGAUGACAAAGCAGAGCUAUAAAGGCUCCAACCAGAAACUUAACACCCCCCACAUCACAACAGGAGGAGGAGAAUCGGGGGACAGAAAGAACUCAAUUAUAUUCCACUCGUAGUGAACUACCAAAAGCUCUGAAGCCGAAGUCCCAAAGACUCGGCGACUCCUUAGGUCCUCUGCUGCUCUGGAAUCCUGUGGAGAGGUGGUGGCCAGGGUCUGCCCGCCGUUUAAUGACAAUAAGAAAUUUUUAGGGAAGAGGGACAGCUUUUUGAAAUGAGACUUCUAUUUCCUCUGGUCUGUCUAUUACACCUCAGGCUGAUGCACUUUGGUUUGAUACCAGUUUCCAGUCAUCUUUCGCCCAUUUGUGUCCUCAUCAUGCGGGAUAACUUUUUUUUUGUUUUUUUUCUUUUUUUUUUUCUUGUUUGUAACUGGUCUUUGUUUUUGUACAUUUGGAAGGAUUGUGAAAUAAAAGGCCCACAAAAGUUAAAUG